CAGUCUCAGAUCUGCGUCGUCGCGGUCGCCCCGGCAGCUGGAUGUGAAGCGGUGUGAUGCAGCCGUGUGAUGGGACGACUGGCUGGUCACCAUGGGCAACAAGCAGACGACCUUCACCGAUGAGCAGCUGGAAGCGUAUCAGGACUGCACCUUCUUCACCCGGAAGGAGAUCCUGCGGCUGCACGGGCGGUUCCGGGAGCUGGCUCCGCAUCUAGUGCCGCUGGACUACACCAACAACCCCGACGUCAGAGUCCCGCCGACGCUCAUCGUCACCAUGCCUGAGCUGAAGGAGAACCCAUUCAGAGACAGGAUCGUGGCGACGUUCUCUGAGGACGGACAGGGGAACCAGACAUUCAACGACUUCGUCGACAUGUUCUCUGUCCUCUGUGAGGCGUCGCCCAGAGAGCUGAAGACCAUCUACGCCUUCAAGAUCUACGACUUCAACAGGGACAACUUCAUCUGUAAGGAAGACCUGCAGCACACCCUGAACAAGCUGACCAAAGGGGAGCUGACGGCAGAAGAGGUUUCUCUGGUGUGCGAUAAAGCCGUGGAGGAGGCUGACCUGGAUGCAGACAGCAAGCUCUCCUUCACCGACUUCGAGAACAUGAUCUCUAAAGCUCCAGACUUCCUGAGUAACUUCCACAUCCGAAUAUGAAAGCGGGCCUCAAAGAUCCUGCAGAGGACACACGUCUCACAUGGAGCUGCUCCCGACUAGAACUGGACUGGUUCCUGGAUUUGCUCCAUACCAGGACCGGACCUUUUCCUGGACCUGCUCCCAACCAGGACUGGACCUUUUUCCUGUACAUGUUCCCAGCCGGGACCGGGACUGGAGUGGACUGGUGUCCUCUGUGGAAAGUGUGGAGCAGGAUGUGGACUCGCCUGACUCCAGUGCUCAGCAGGAGGCUCUCCUGGACUGACCGGACUCUCGUCUAAAAGCACACCUGUAAAGGGCCAACCGUGAGGAGCUAUGCAAUCUCUGUUCACCACGUGCAUGUUGUGCACAGCUUCAGUCUGCUGUAGUGAGGCGUUCAGGUGCACACCGACAAUCAUAGUAAACUGUCGCUCAGUUAAUGGAAGGGCUCUCUGUCUUCUCACCUGUAGUCUGGUUUUCGUACACCUCCUCCUGCCUCCAGGUAACUUGUUCCAGCAGCUUUCUCUCAUUCACAAUUCCAUCUUUUUUGUCCAGAGUCAAAUAAAACAAUUUUCUGUCGCCUGACUUCUUGCGGUUCUCAUUUCAUUCUGGAUUUCUGAUCGAAAACAGUUCACUUUUGUACGGUGUCAGAUCAACACCAAAUGUACUGCGAAUCCAAACCCCAAAUCUGAGAACCAGGAAUUAAAAAUCUCUAA